GCCGUUUUUUUUUGUGGAGGAUGCGCAACAGGCUGUGUCCCUGCUGAGUGUAGCACAACGACUGAGGGGAAAACCUAAAAUUUCGUUGCUUAGCAGUACGAGAUUAACACUUUUUAUGAUUCACAAGUUUCUCUUAUUUAUUGAACUUUGGGUGGACAGAAGAAGAUAACUGUUCAUUCGUUGUUUAUUAUACAAAAAACCGGAUUUGUUCGAGGCCUUCGCAUGGAUGAGGUACGGCCUACCAGUGGUGCUCCAGCCCACGGGCUGGUGCCGCUGUUUCCCCCCGGACUGCAAGCUAUCUACGGGGAAUGCCGGCGUCUUUACCCCGAACAGGCCAACCCGCUCCAAGUAACAGCCAUUGUGAAGUAUUGGUUAGGAGGACCAGAUCCAUUAGACUACAUCAGCAUGUACAGGAGUAUGGGCUGCCCAGCUCAGGACAUCGAGGAGCAUUGGCACUAUGUCAGCUUUGGCCUGAGUGACCUGUAUGGGGAUAAUAGGGUUCAUGAAUUCACGGGGGCAGACGGACCGAGCGGCUUUGGCUUUGAGCUCACCUUUAGACUUAAAAGAGAGGUUGGCGAGACGGCACCACCGACCUGGCCAGCUGAACUCAUGCAAGGCUUGGCUCGCUAUGUGUUCCAGUCAGAAAAUACAUUUUGUAGUGGCGACCAUGUGUCGUGGCACAGUCCUCUAGACAACAGCGAGUCUCGUAUCCAGCAUAUGUUGCUAACAGAGGAUCCACAGAUGCAACCAAUUCAAACUCCAUUUGGCACACUGAGCUUUCUCCAGAUUGUAGGGGUUUGUACAGAAGAGCUUCAGGCGGCCCAGCAGUGGAACGGCCAAGGCAUCCUGGAGCUGAUGCGUGGAGUCAAAAUAGCGGGUGGCCCCUGGCUAAUCACAGACAUGAGGAGAGGGGAGACCAUUUUUGACAUCGAUCCUCACCUACAACAGGAGAGAGUGGACCAGGGUAUUGAGACGGAGGGCUCCAACCUGAGUGGGGUCAGCGCCAAGUGUGUGUGGGACGAUCUGAGUCGUCCGCCAGAGGAUGAGGAGGACAGCCGAUCCAUCUGCAUAGGGUCACAGCAACGGAGGCUCUCAGACAAAGACACAGAGCAGAUCAGGGAGACGCUGAGAAAAGGACUGGAGUUUAACAGCAAGGCAGCACUACCACCCAUCAACAGCCAGAGACAGCAGAGCCAUGAGAGACCUCAGAGUCGGAAGGACAGUUUGGAGAGUGAGAGCUCGGCAGCAAUCGUUCCUCACGAGUUGGUCCGAACACGGCAGUUGGAGAGUGUCCACCUAAAAUUUAACCAGGAGUCGGGCACACUGCUUCCUCUCUGCCUGCGAGGCCGGUUGCUUCAUGGGAGACACUUCACUUAUAAGAGUAUCAACGGAGACACAGCCAUUACCUUUGUUUCUACUGGAGUCGAAGGAGCUUUUGCUACUGAAGAGCAUCCAUAUGCUGCACAUGGCCCCUGGCUUCAGAUUUUGUUGACUGAAGAGUUUGUGGAGCAGAUGCUCGGGGAUUUACAAGAACUCAACACUCGUGAGGAGACAAAGCUGCCAAAGGAGUACAGUUGGCCAGAAAAGAAGCUGAAGAUCUCUGUACUACCAGACUCUGUGUUUGAUAAUCCACUGCAGUGAAACAGAGACACCUAAUCUCCAGAGAAACACAACACAGCUGCAGAAACACUACCAGAGUGGACCAUUGUGGACAGGACAAUCUCCCAGGACAUGCAGCGACCCUGAGCAGUCAGAUAUGUUGCUCUGGUGACGGACGAGACUGUUUCACUCCUGUAGAUGAUCUAAACACGUUUGACUGUUACUGCAUUCUCAGACUAGUUCAUACUGUUUACAAGUUUUCCUCUGCGGUCUGAAUACUUUUGAAAAUAUGGAAUCAGCCUGAAAACCAGCCUGUCCAGAUGUUAGACCUGAAAGCAUAAUCAUUAAGUGUGACACACUUGCUGAAGGGCAAAAAAAGGAUGUCGUCAUCUCUCCAAUCAGGCCUGCCAAGGUUUGAGGUCCAAAAUAUACGUCACUAGAACAGACAAGAACCUGCCCAAAACAAUAACUGAGUGGAUGAGUCUGAAAAGCAGUUGUAUUUAUUCCAUUGACCUUAGAGAGGACAGAAAAUUUCAACUUUGUAUCCUUUUUAGUAGUGUUUUUUUUGGGUUUUUUUUGACAAAUGCUGGACAUUUUUCUAUUACGUGUCUGUGGUCAUACCAAAGUUUGAGCUGUUGGCCGACUGCUGCCAGAACUGUCUGUCACAAAUGUGUCAUGAUUCUGUAAUAAUGACAGGACAGGAUGAUUGACUGUUACUCACUGGUUUUCUGAGAAAACCAAACAAGCAUUUGAACCGUUUUCAUAGAUAUCUGGAAAAUAAUGCUGCACCUCCCCUCUUAUGUGCCAAGAGAAAUGAAAAUGAAAUGAAAGAAAAUGUGAAUGUCAGUGUCCGGUUUCCUCACGCAUUAUUAUUUGUGUUCAAAAGUUAAGAAACUUAAUACAGUGAGUCUUUUGCAAACAUUCAAAGAUAAGGAAACUGUGUUCCUUGUCGUCUCUUUUAAGUGUUGUCUCCGAUGGCCACAUACAGGUAACAACCCCCCCAACCCCCCCACCCUUAAUGCUAGGACCUGCUUAAAAAGUACAUGUGUAGUUAAAUUCCUCAGUGCCUUGAGUUUUAAAGGAGCACAAAUUCUGUUGACUCGUAAUGCCACCAACAGCGCCUCAAUUGUGAUGUCACGACUAAUGAAGGCCGCUGUGUUCAUCGUCUGCCUCCUGUUUCCUCAUUGCAUUCCAUAUUAACACCAAAACAGAGAACAGACUACCUUUACUGCCGUGUCUUUUACAGUGACGUGCUCGUAUUCAUAUGUGAACGUUUCUCUAUGUUUGUCUUUUUUUUUUUUAUUAUUCAGAGUGAGAAGUGUCAAGUUUAGACGUGCCUUUUCUUUGUAAAUGCCAUCCUAUUGACAGAACUGGCUGAUUGUAAUCCCAAGUGCAUUAAAGAGUGUAGGUAUUUACACAAAUAAAAGCUGUAAAACUAA